AUGUGAGAGAGUGCCGACCAGAAGCGCGCUUGGUUCACUCAGCUCCUGGAUGCCGAGAGCGCACACAGAAACAGACACGGGAAAUAACAACUUACAUGGCUCUCUGUUUUCAUUUAUGGCAGUUCAGCUAUGAUUUGGUAACGGCAGAGUACUUGUAGCCAUCCUCCGCGAGGGCGAACAUCAAAACCACUAUUAUUUUCACAAAAUACAGCCACCAGCAUAUCAGCUGUUUGCCACACUUCCACAUUCCGGCGCACGCGGGGAAAAUGAAGGCGAAAGACCGUGACCAAAGCUUGUCGGACUCCAGAGAGCUGGACGGAUCCUAUGACCAGCUUACAGGUAAUCCUUCCACCAGCCAAAGCAAAAAAACCAUAAAGCAGCGAUUCCUCAAGCUGCUGCCAUGCUGCAAGCCCUCGGCUGCCCCCUCAAUCAGUCAAAACAGCGUGGAAGAUGACUUCGAGUUAUCCACUGUGUGUCAUCGCCCCGAAAGCAUGGACAAGCUGCAGGAGCAAACAAAGUUCACCAAGAAGGAGCUGCAAGUCCUCUACAGGGGCUUCAAAAAUGAGUGUCCAAGUGGCGUGGUAAAUGAGGAGAACUUUAAGACCAUUUACUCCCAGUUCUUUCCGCAGGGAGAUUCAAGUAUGUAUGCACAUUUCCUGUUUGAAGCCUUUGACACUAACAAGAACGGCUCAGUUAGUUUUGAGGACUUUGUAUUUGGCCUGUCUAUCAUCCUGAGAGGGACCAUUAAUGACCGGUUAAACUGGGCAUUCAACCUUUAUGAUUUGAACAAGGAUGGCUGCAUCACCAAAGAGGAGAUGUUGGACAUCAUGAAGUCCAUCUAUGACAUGAUGGGGAAAUACACAUACCCCACUAUGCAGGAUGAUGCCCCAAGAGAGCAUGUGGAGAGCUUCUUCCAGAAAAUGGACCGGAAUAAAGAUGGGGUGGUCACCAUCGAGGAAUUCAUUGAGUCGUGCAAAAAGGAUGAGAACAUCAUGCAGUCCAUGCAGCUGUUUGACAACGUCAUCUAAGCAUCUGGACAAGAGAGUAUGCUGGCAACAGGGAGGAGAGUGUGUGUGUAAGAGGAAUCAAGAUUGAGACGAUUUUGUGAAUGUGUGUGUGUGUAGCCGUCUUCUGACUUGCAAGCUUUUGCUUGUGUGUCUGUUGGGAGGUGUGAGUCCUGAGGCCAAAGAGAGGCCCUCUCCCUCAUUCUGGACCCCCAGUGACAUUUCUCCAAGCAACCAAUGGAGUUGCCCCGACUCCCUUCCUCAUUGUGCAGAACCUUAGUUUUAGCCCAGAGACACAGAGAAAGAAGGCAAGCUGCGGGCUCACAGGCACUGGCACACUCGAGACACCCCAUUUGUUUUAUUUAAACUUUUAUUUAUUACUACAGCUGGUGGAGGAACUAUCGGCCUCCUGUGGCUGACUCAGAGGAAGGAAGUUGUCCCCAAUCCUUUUCCCUAGAUCACUUUCACCCUUUUCCCUGUGCUGGCAGAGAUUUGGAUUUGUGAAGCUGAUCCUAUCUCUGUGCAUGUGGAAUACACCCUCCUGGAGCCGCAAGACUGCUCACACCCCAGCCAUUAAAAUAGAAAUGAGUCUACCACCAUCUAGUGGACAAGAGAGAGAGAGACCGUGUGAGAGAAAGAGAGAGCGUGAGAGCGAGCGAGUGAGAGAGAGAGAGAGACAUUUCCAGAGGAAACAAAUGUUGAAUUAGGAAUCCAAGGAUCCUCUUUUACAGAGGUUCGACCAUGUCGUUUUCCAUCUGGGAACUGAUUUCAAUAUCGCAUGAUGAUGUCACUAAUAUCCAGUUAUGUAUUUACAGAGAUACUCCAAAGUCUGCUUGUCUGUCUGCUGUUCCCAGUCAUUCACAGGUGCCUCACCCUUUGUGUAUGUGUGUGUGCAUGAGUAACAGAAAGAGAUGUCAUCCAUUUAACUAUGUGAGACUCUAAUGGGACAACACCCACCUCCAUUCAUGGGAUUCUGGUAGAAUAAUUCCCGGCCUUCCAAACUAUCACAGUCCUAGCUGUAGGUGUCUAUUGACUGUUGUACAUUUUCUAGCUUUCCCAGUGGUGUGAGAUUAGAUGGUACAAUGUGGGGGUUGCACUGCAGUUGACAAGCUGUUUUAACCAUCCCAGCUCCUUUCAACGGGACUGCAAUACCACAGUUGUACUAGUCUGUCAAUACACAUUCAAGGGGAAUUUAUUAGAUUGCGGAUUGUAUUUGUGAACUUCUUGUAAUCGGAAAUGUCGUGGUUGUAGCAGGUUCUACCACAAAAAUCUCAAAACUCUUGUUGCAUUAAAUUAGGCUCAUCCGAUUUCAAAGAGGCAUAGUAUGUGUGUGUGUGUGUACUGUUAGUGAGAGAGACAUGGUUUAAUAACACGGUUUCUUUCAUGGCCCACCCCCACCCCUCUGUAUUCUCCCUCUUUCUGUAACACCAAAGAGAUGAAUUAAAGAGGUAUAUAAAGCCACUCUAAGCUAAGACAUAAAGCCCACCCACGGGUGAAGAGAGAGGGAGAUGCUGUGUGAGUAAGGCAAGGGACAAUCAGGGAUAAAAGGGUGUAAUCUGGUAAUUGGAAAUGUGGUUUACUUGCACACUGUCCACACAGUGUGGUUUUUAGGCUACCUACAUGAUAGGCUCUGAUGAAUGAAUUACUUUAAGGGGAAUUCACAAUCACUGACUAAUUUGCUUCUUUUCAAACUAGAUAUAAAGUGGCAUAUGCAGAAGAGGCAAUCAAGCCUUAAUUAAAUAGGCUAUGGUGAUUUUUAAAUACAGAGAGACUAACAUGGAAUAGCAAUAAUCUCUACCACUUAAGAGCAUGUUUCAACUCAUCUAACCUCUCAUUCCUCUCAGAGCACAAAAUAAGGCUGCACUAUGACCCUGAAGAGAAUAUGCACUUCCUACACUGCAAUUUGAUUCUUCUCUUUUGCAUUUUCUUUUAAUUUUCUAGGGGGGGAAAAAAACAUGUUUUGACUCUGAUUGUUCCUUGCCAACGGUCUUUAACUUCCAUUCCUGACAACCAGUAAAACCUGUCGAUACCCGCAUGUACUGUGUCUAGAACAAUGAAAACCUACUAACCCGUUGUACUGACUGUCCAAUUAGCUAGCGUCAACUGGUUGCAUUACAUAUUCAAAAUGUGUAUAUUUUGUACAGAGACAAUAAAAAUCACAAUUACUAUGCAAA